AUGGCCAGCUGCAGCCGCGGCAUUCUGAUCGCCGGGGUGACAAACCGGGCGCGGACGCAAAUGGCGGAGGGGAUCCUGCGUCACCUAACGGCAAACACGGUGUUCAUCAAAAGCGGUGGCGUUCACCACGAGGCGACGGUUCAUCCGCUCGCCGUCAAAGUCAUGCAGGAGAUCGGCAUAGACAUCAGCGGUCAGUCCGUGUCGUCGCUUGAAAGCGCCCGGAGACAACGAGACACGUACGACGGCUACAUCAGUAUUGACUGCGGCUACGAUUGUAGGAUGACGGAUAAGACACAACGGCCCUCCGCCGGGCUCAGAGGGCAGGUGAGGGAUGCCCCGGGGAUCAACAUGGAUGCAGCGAGCGUAAAAGAUGAUCAGGGGAAUUAUGUUGUUGCGUCUUCUUCUUGUGAAGAGGAGAAUGUGGUGGGUUAUGGCCCGAUGCUGGUUCCAAGUAUGCCAUCCCAUUGGGAAUAUGGGGUCGAUGCAACGGAUGCUCAGCGACACUGGAAGAUUUGGAGCCCGCGUGACCCAUCGAUAUUUCACGAAAAUUCCACACGCAAGUUCCAGGAUCAUUUGUAUGAGGGGGAGCCGCUCUUCAUGCAGCUGCACACGAGCUUCAUGCGUGUCAGAAUGAAAGUGUCGGAGCGGUGGGAAAUGGAUGAGAUCUCCACCCGAUACGUACUUGAACGCCGUAGCGAGCAUGAGGUCCGAUUCUUGCGAGCGCGAGAGGAAUUGCUGCGACGUUGUGCGGCGUUUCUUUCAAGGUUGGAGAAACACUACGGCGAGAGCCUUUUAUUGGACGGGGAGGUACUGAAAAAGGCACCUGUUGUCUCAUGA